UGUAAUUAUAAUUAUAAUAUCUCACACAGAUAUCUCUUGGUAGUUCAUUUGAAGAAACUACCACCCGGAAUGGAAGAGCGUUGCAAACAAUUUUAGCACAUUGCCUGUUUUUUUUUCUCUGUUUGGUCUCUGCAGCGUGAUUAGAGCAUAGUAUGGAUUGAACUUUUCACAUAGCGUCCUUUUUGAUUUGGAUGUAUAUAAUUUAAUCUAUUUUCUAAAAUAGAUUAAUGGAGCUAAGUGAACUUGCUUCAUGUCAGAAAUACAAAUAUAGAGAAGAAGUGCAUCAUGAAAGAUGUAAAAGUUGCAAGAUAAAUUGUUCAGCCUUAAAUUCUGGAAAAUAUGGUCAUUCUAGCUGUAAUUAUGAAACAAAAUAUGAAAACAAGCCAGAAAAGCACAGACCUGAUAUGGGCUAUAGCGACUGUAGGGACAAAGAAAGAAUCAAUUCUCUGACAGAAGAUGGGGGUAGCAGUCAACGUAGAAAAAGAAUGCAUGAUAAAGAAAUUAAAAUUUGCAAGAUAAAAUGUUCAGCAAUGAAGUCUGGACAUUAUGGUCACUGUAGCAAUAAUAAUGAGAGAAAGGAUGAAAAUAAAUCAGACAAGCACAAACCUGACAUGGGCUGCAGGGACUGUAAAGAAAAAGAAAUCACCAGUUAUCUGACAGUAGAUGUGAAUCCGAAUUACAAUGAUUGUAGUGAAAAAGAGCAGAGUGAUAAUGGUGGCAGGGUAGGUUGCAAGGGUCAUAAAGGUGACAAGAGAAGUAAAUGCUGGAGGGAACCUAAGACUCUUUCUUUUUGCAGAGGGAGAAGCAUGUCUAGAGAAAAGAGUUCAAAUUUACACAAUUUCAUGAAAUUUAGAUGGAAAACAUGCAGGCAUGGUAGGAGGAGGAGCACACACAGAAGGAAUAACCGUAGCAUAGGGAUGCCAAGAAGUAGCAGUGAAGAAUCAGGCUGCCAAUUAUUUGAUGGGCUACAGGUGAAUUGUAAUUCUACAGUAAAGUGUGAUUCUACCAUUCCCAUUGAUGAAUCAGAAAAGCAAAGGCAAAUGUUGCAUUCAGCUUGCAAAUAUGUGACCAAGCAUGAUUAUUGCCAAUGCUGUCAUGGAAACAUUCCUUGCCGCUACAAUAUCAUACCUUCUUGUCAUAGUAGGAAGAGAAAACAUAAACAUUAUUCAAGUGAAUCUGAUGAAGCUACUACAAAAGUUGGGAGGAUAAGUGAUUGUGUUCAACAUGAACAUGCAAAUGGUUGUCAGGGAAAAGUACUAUCAUCCUGCCACAGUGUUUGCUGGGGAAUGUCAUGUAAAGAUUGCUUGUUCUGUUUGGAUGGAGCAAUUAACCCCAAAUGUAAGAACUUUAUAAAUGAGAGAAGAUGCACAUGGAGUGCAUUAGGUUCACAACGUGCAGGCUAUUAUGUUCAAAGUCAAGAUUUUCGUGAUAUUGGAGAUGUAAAAACAAUUUCGAAACCUAAGGAAGGCUCCUCAGAUAUCUAUAGAAAAACAAGUAACUUACAUUCAAGUUGUGCAGGUGCAAAAGCUAACUUUGAUGCUGUUAAAACUGAAGACCAAGAAGAUCAAGAUCUGUGGCUGGAACUUCGCUUAAAAACUUUGCAAAGAUCAGAACUCAAGGUGGAAGGUGCUUCUAAAAAUGAUCUGAAACUUUCACUUCCAGAUAGUUCAAUUGAAUUAAAUCUGGAGGUCCAGGUGCCUUCCCAGUUACCCAACUCUGGUAUUCAUUCUUCAAGGGAUCCAAUAGAACAUAUUUGUGACAAUGAGUUACCUCUUGAGUCGUCUAAUAUUCUAUUUUCAGUUUGGAAUCCUAUUGUGAAUCCUUUCUCUCUACCUCAAAGAAUGGAGGAAAGCAUUCCUUGCUUAAGUUUCAUGGAGGCACCAGUUGUGGUGUCUGAUUUGAAUCCUGCAGAUAGCAGUGUAAACAUGGUUGCCAACUCUAUCCCAUCUAUAAUUGAAGGGAAGUCAACCUUCAGUUUGGACCAAAACUGUCAUUAUUCACUUACAACUACUAGAGAACCAGAAUGUGCAGUACUGGAAGAGAGUAAUUUAAGCUCACCUGGUAUCUCAGAGGACAAGCACCAUCCCAUUUCAGAUCUUCCUAUUCCAGCAAAUGAAAGAAAUGGGUUACCUCCAAGUCUCUCCAUUUCAUCUUAUAAGGAAGAAAGAAGAGGUUUAUGUUUGACAGAUUCCCAGUUAAAAGCUACUAGAACCAGUGAUGCCACUGAUUGUGGUGUUGGUAAUGAAUGUGACGCUUCUGAGUUGUUUCAGUCCGAGAGAGAAAAAGAAUUAUCUCGCUUGGCUAUCAUAGUUGAUGACACUGAAGAUGAUUUCUCCGAGCAUAGUUAUUUUCAUGAAUCUCCUAAAGGAAAUAAUUUUUUAAAAAGCAUUGGUGACAUCGCAGUACUUAAAGAGGUAUCACUUGAUGGCAGGGAAGAUCAUUUACACAAAAGUAAGAAUAAUUAUGUUCAAAACACCUCAUUGGCUGGAAGUAUCUUCUGCUCAGAUAUGAAAGAAUUUGAUUUAGAGUGUAGGAAGGCCUCUUUGGCAAAUGCACAAAGGAAAGACAAAGUAGACAAUUGUGCAAAUAUGAGAGGGAUAUCUUUAUCUCGUUCACAUAGAAACACAAGUGAGUGUGCUAAUUCUUCUGAGGAAUUAGCAGAGGACAAAUGCAGGACAAUUGAGGCUUCCUCUAGUGAAGAUGAGUUUGUAGACAAUAAUGUAGACAAUGUCACAUUGGCAUGCAAAAAUAAAAUCCUGCAAGAGAGAGGAUGUUAUACAUUAGUAGGUUGUAUUACUACAAGAGGUACUGACAAUAUGAUACCAUCUGACCAGGAGAAAUUUGGCCACAAGGAUAAUGACAACUUUAAAUUUGUUGGUAGCGGUGAUGAAGUUUUGCUUAGUGAUAUAAGACUACAGAAAAAGCUAGAAUUUUCUCCUAAGGAUGAGAAUGGAAAUUCCGAAGCUGUUUGUAGUAGCAGGGGAAUCCCAAGCACUCUAGAUCCCAAGCUUUUGAAUAUGCAAUAUGUUGAAGCAUUGAUCCAGAUAGCUUAUUCAAAACCUCGGAUGUGGGACACUGGUAUAAAUUGUGAUCUAUGUGGACAAGGGCCAUCCUUAAUUUAUGGGGAUUGGUAUGCUUGGUGCUGUGGUUAUCGCUUAUGUCACUGCAAAUGUUCCAAGGACCAUCAAAGAAAGUUGAAGCUCUCAAUGGAUCCAAAGAACAAAAAACCUUCAAAAAGAUGCGGUAGACAUCACUGGAGUGGCAAAGUUCAUAGAUUGUGUGGUCUUUGGUCCUCAGAGGUUUUUGAAAAGGAUGACGCAAAAGAUAAACUUGAAGGAUUAUUGCAUGCUGGGAAAAGAGGGAAAGAAAUGAUUUUUGAAAAGGAUGAUGGAAAAGAUAAACUUGAAGGAUUAUUUGAUGCUGUAAAAAGAGGAAAAUUUUUGGACUGUAAGGAUCCGGAGUGUCGAAGGUUUGGGGCAACUUUGGGAUGUCGAGUGAAGAAUUGUAGGCGUAGUUUUCACUAUCCUUGUGCAGUUAAACUUGCCAGCCAGCUACAUUGCCGAAUGUGGGAGGGAUGCAGAAGACCAGUUGCUUGUUAUUCACACCGACACGUUGAUCAUGAUUGUGUCAGUGCCAAAAACUGGAAACCACAUUGGUUCUAUGGAAACAAAAUUGUGAAUCCUGGCAAAAGAAACAGGAACACUGCCAUUUGUUACACUGAAACUUGCCAACCACAUCAAAACAUGACACAUAAUUGCUCAAUUAUACAAGAUUUCAAUCUUAACAGUGUUGUUCAAAAGACAAUUGAGGAAAAUGAAGGAAGAAAUGCAAGUGGAAUAGAAGAUAAAACUGUUAAUCAUGAAGAAAAUAAACUUGAAAGAGAUGCAGCAACCCUUAGCAGGAUGGUUCUGGACGGCAAUACUUUAGAAUUUAUUGGGCAAAAGCUUAUAUGUGAAGAUCUAUCACAUGGAAAGGAGGCUAUAAAAGUACCAUGUACCAAUGAUGUAGAUGAUGCUCCACCCCCAUCAUUGGAGUACAUUACUAGCAGCAAAUUCUCAGUGGAAGCAGAUGCUAUCUUGAAAAUUGUGCUAGCAAAUGUGAAGAAACAAGCAAAGCCUUGUACUGGCUGUUAUAAGAUUGAAAUAGAUGAUCCAAAAGCUAGUAUUUCUGCUCACGUUGAUGUUAAUGAGGGAGGACGUCACCAAGACAGACGGAUUGAUUGGCAAGGAGAGCCAAUGCUUGGUCGCUUGCCAUAUGAUUGUUAUGGCCUUCUUCAGCUUGGAUGGCUCACAAUAGAUUUAGUAGAAUGUAACAGCAGAUGCUGCUGUGGAUCUAAAUGUAUAAACCGGGAACUUCAAAAAGGGCUUCAACUUGCUUUAGAAGUUUUUAAAACAAAAGACCGAGGAUGGGGUGUACGAACCCUCGAACAAAUUCCAAGAGGAAAAUUUGUUAUGGAGUACGUUGGGGAAGUGCUGACACAGGUAGAAGCUAGUAAAAGAGGGCAACUCUAUGCGGAGUACAAUUCCAGCUACCUUUGCAAUCUUGAUCAUCCUACUGUUGCUCAAGAAGAUAACCUUGUAAUUGAUGGUUUCAAGAUGUCAAAUGUUGCUCGUUUCAUCAAUCACAGCUGUGAAGGUAACUUACGAUUGUACAGAGUGUAUACGGAAACAUUAGACCCCAGGAUUUUUCGGAUAGGUCUGUACGCAUGCCGUGACGUCGAAAUUGGUGAAGAGCUUACGUAUGAUUACAAGUAUGUCCAGGAAGAACCUUCUGUAGAUUCUGCUGAUAAACCUUCAGCUGUCAAAUGCUUCUGCCAGGCUAAAAAUUGUAGGCAGGUGUUAUUGUCAGGUUAAAACUGAAAUUCCUCAGUUAAACUAUAUGCUGGAAAGUUAAUUUAUGGUCAUCCCUUCUAUAUUUAAUCAUUGUGAAUUUAUAUUGGGCUUCAUGCAUGGCUUCCUUGAAGAAUAAUGAUAUCGCUGCUCCAUAUUUUGCCAUUAUAACUUAUGUUGAUUUGGGGUAUUGCAUGAGAAUAAUUGUGUAGUGUUCAAUCCUCAUCUAGUUUGCCAUCGUGACUUGUGGAGUUCAUUUGGGUACACCAUAUGACAGCCAGUAGGAAUUAUUAUUAGUGCUCAGACCUCGCAUAUUUUGGCGCAUUUUUUUGUGGUUAUAAGAAAUGUUUUUUUUUUUAAUCAAACGCAGAUUCAAUUUUGGUUGCUCAA